AUGUCAGCGGUGCAAGUAAACAAUGCGAGCGGAGAGCCUUUGACAAGAAUAUUAACGGGGGAUACUGCGGCGCGAGCUAAGCAGCGAAUUUCUUUGGAGGGAGUCCUAGAAAACUCGGACGGUCUUGCCCUUGCCGACGAUGAUCUCAUCACUCCGGAGGGAGCGCCUUAUGUUUUUAAACAGCAGCAGCAGCAAAAUGAGCACACUGACCCUUUCAAGAUACCCAAACCACACUCUCACCAUCAACAGAAGCCUCCAGGUGGAAUCUUGGCAGACGCAAUUAGUGGCUGCGGCAAGACUUCUGCCAUCUUUGAUGCGGCCCAAAACAAAUACUGCAUACUUCUGACUGAAUCCCAUGAUGAUGGUUUCUUUGGGCAUAAAGAUCCUGGUGGGUUCGACAAGUCAUUUUCUGAUUUUGUUACCAGUGUCGAGCAAUAUGCAAGAGAUGAUGAUUUGUCCUUCAACCAGAAAAUCAUGAAGACCAAUGAUUGUGUGUUGGCAUUCGUGGUUGCCAGGAUGUUAUUGUCAGGCUACACCUCCAUCAUGGCUGCACUACCAAUUGACAGAAAUGGAUUUUUCUUUGCCUUUGAUGAGGCACAAUAUGGGUAUGUCCUACUCAAAAAUACCAAUCUCUGGUCAAGCAGCAGAGAUGAGUCUGAAAAGCAAGGCAUCGCUUGUCCUCUUAUCCGUGAAUUGGCAAAGACCAAGACAGUCGUGCUCGCUGGAACAGCAAUGGGCCUUCUUUCAAUCGAUUCUUGCAAGAGCGAUCUUGGAAAGCCUGAAAACUCAACAUCAAUACUGGACUUUCCUCCAGUUUCUUUGUCAGAAGUCACGCAGACGCUCAAUUCUCUCCUUGAUAUGAGUGGCGUGGAUCAGGAAACAAGUGUCAUGAUGGAGUGUUUGCCGAAGCUUGAAGGGCGUGGCCGCCUUUCUGGUGGAUUAUUCCGGAUGCUUGGCAAAGUCGUCCAAGAGCAUCCCAAGCAUUCCAAACAAGAUCAGCUUGAGACAGCUUUGGAAUUGCAUUACACUCAAAUGUUGUCUGGGCUCACAGAUAUGAUUCGGAAUGCCUACCAGCUUGAUGAUAGAUCCCCCUGUGAUAAUCUGGUAAAGGGAAAGAAACGUCUUCCUGAAGGACUGGAAGUGCUUGCUAUUGCAAGCUUGUUUGGAGGCACAGUAUCACUUUCGUCCAAACGGAUUGACAUCGAUCUGCUCCAUGUGGGUCUUUGCUCCGUGCGAAGGCUGCAGGGGAACCAUAACGAAUUUGUACUUGACGAGAAACUUGGCCGUGAGGCAAUUCUUGCAAUCGCACAAGAUGAAGCCUUUGCCUCGGACUUAUUCGGAAAGGUGUUGGAUUUUUGCCUCCCAGCGAAGGGUCAGGCCAUGGAACCACCGAUCGCGGCCGAGCUACGCAACUGGUGUCAACAAAAGAAGAAAGCUACUGUGAAGGAUUUUAUUUCCAAGUGUUUCCCUACAUUGCCAUCCGACAUGCCCUCUUGGAUUGAAAGGCUCCCUUUUCAGUGA